AUGAACCCCAAUCAAAUCGCUAUCAUUAAGAGAAGAAAAAGAAAUGGACUACAAAAGGUUCUUCUGAUCCACGUCAAGAACAUGAUUGUGGAGAAAUGUUAUAUAGAAGAGUCCAUGACCCAAGCCGAAGCAGCCAGGGCAUUUGACCUCUUGGACGAAUGCUACAUCUUGACUCUUGGUCAAAUGAGAGAGGAACUGUUUAGAACAUUUUCAGAGCUUCAAGAGCAGAACUUGAGCAUCAGUGGCUUACACAAGCAUAUUAUCAACAACAUCAGAUUCACAUUGAAGAGAACCAAGCCGGUUGAGAAAAAAAGAAAUGAUCUGAAGACUAUUAAGCUGAGAAAAAGAACAAGGGUAGUCCAAGAAAGGCAAGACCAGCAUUGUGAAAACGAAGUCAAAAAGGGGACUAAACAUCUCAAUUCUUGCCAGUAUUUCUUACCAGGGUGUGAGAAUGUGCAGGUGAAGUUGACUUCUGGUGGCACAACAGGACCAAUUUUUGUUGAAUUUGUAAAGACGAUUAUGGAUUCGCUCAACCACAGUAAUGCUGCCCCUCACAACUUCAUUAAGGAUAAUGUCUCGAUCCAUAGAUCUCACCUUGUCACUGAAUUAUUUGCUAAUUCAUGA